GUUCGUUCGUUCACACCCCCAUCCCUCCAGUCUUUGCAAUUCCAUGAACGUUCAUACUCAUACACAGCUUGACUCUCUCUCUCUCUGCAUAGAUCCGUACUCAUCACACUCAGACUUCUUCUUCUCUUUUCACAUCGGCUUCCUGUCCAUCUUGGCAGACGUGGCACUUGGACAAUCACACUGUGACGGGACUAAAAAUCGACUAACACUUUCGUUUGCUCUCUGCCUGCCUUGUCAGGGCUGCUUGAGAGGGGCGGUUUCACUGUCGUCUCCCUCGCGCGUGAGUUCGUCGGCGAUGUCUUCGUCUGUGUCGAGGUGCGGGUUGUAGUCCGGCACAACCAGAGAGCUCCGCCGGGGGUCCGUCUUGACCGUGGCUAUCUUGGGGCGCUUCUCAAAGAAGGCCAGAAUGAUGCCGAACACCACAGGGAUACAGCCAAUGGCUGCCCCAAACACUGUCCAGGUGGAGUUGCACUGGAUUAUUUCGGGAGACAUAGGCAGAGAAAUUAUGACUGGCAAACAGUCCCUUUGUCUUCCUUCCCACCCACAAAUUCCUAUCUACCUUGUGGCCGCGGCAGAAGUCAGCACCGGGCUUCUUGUUCUUGUCGAGGAAAUGCGCCACGAAACGCUGAUAGAGACACAAGAGCCAUUUCGUCCAAUAAACAGACACAAACAGACACAUAUUGUCCUCAGGAGUAUGCACCGUAAAGAACAUAUUGGAGGGUAUUCUGAUAGGCAGAUGAAGCACACAGGAGGGACAGAGGGCGUCAUUCCCUACAUUGCCCGUGUGCAACAAGCCAGCCUGUCUUUUGAUUCACUGUGUGGAGUAGGCGAUGGAGCUGAUGAAGCCGAACUGUCGGACGUCGAAGUUGUUGCGGACGUAGGCAGGUGUUGCGGCGUUGCUGCAGGGGGAGAGACGCACACACAUACGCACAUGACACAGUGAGAGGGAGAGAGAGAGAGACGCACAUAGGCAGAGAUGCACACACAGAGAGGGGAAGGGGUGUCUGUAGUGUGGGGGGGUGAAGUACUACCAUGCCGCGUAGGCUAUUCCCAUGCAUACGACCAUAGGCCACACGAAUGCCUCCGCCAGCAGCGCCAGGCCCAGCUGACCGAUGACAAAGAACGACAGGGCGAUGGAAAUGAAGAGACAUCGACCCAUGAAGGGCUCCAGGACGUCGGAAAGGAUGCCGCCGCCUAGGCGACCAACCACCUACCAGAACACACAAUGCCAUACCACACAACCAACAUCAACGAAAUGCCAGCCAAUGAGUCGGUUGGCUGACCUCCGAGAUGAUGUAGAUUUGCUGAGCCAUGUCGGGGCUAUAGGCAAUUUCCCCAUGUCCCGUAUUGUAGGUCGCCACCACCGUCUUGAGAGCCGCGCCGAAGGCCAUGCCUAUGGAGGUGGAUGCAUCCAUCGAGCAACAGGAAGGACAGAGGCCAUCCAGGCUCGCUCUCUUCCUCCUCUCUCUGUCUGUCUGUCUGUCUAUGUGUCUGUGUGUGUGUGUGUGUGUGUGUGCGUGCGUGUGUCUGCAUACCUGUCCUAUGCCGAGAAGGUAAACGGCGAGGGGGAAGUAUGCUUUGAGCUGUCCGAAUGUCUGCCACAGCGGCUCGGGCGGGGCCGUUGCCAAAGUGGUCUUGCGGCGCUGACCCGCCUCACGCUCCAGCUGAGCGGGACUUUCAGCCUUCUUGGCCUGCGCGUACCGAUUGCUGCAUUCACACAUAUACACGUAACACGUGUCGAGUACGAGGAUUCUUUCUAUGCCACUACUAGAGGAUGGGCAGGAGGAUGGUGAAGAUUGUUGAGCCGACGGCGACGGCAAUUGUCCACAUCCAUACAUAGCCCGCCACAUGCUUAGCCAAUUCAUUUCGCUUUGCGAGGAUCGCGUCGGCACCCGCACCCUGGUCCUUGAGGUCCGCGAUCUCGUCUGCGAUAGUAUGGGCCUUGCCGCCGUAGAAGACUUGCCAAAGGGUCGUCAUCCUGAGAGACACAGGACAGACAGGCCCAAGGGCAAAGAUUACAGCCGCAUGCACAAACAUUGAUACAUACGUGAUGGCGCCGAUGGAGUAGGUGGCCAGCAAAACGCCGCAGACGACGCCAGCGAGGUUUGCAGGGCACGCCUUGCUGAUGCACAUACAUAUACACAUAUGAGGGGUGUGUGGGUGAAUGUUCGCAUGUGGAUGUCCCUCUCUCUCACCUGAUGGUCCAUACGGCUCCGAAGAUGAGCCCUAGGCCGCCGUUGAUGUCAAGGAGUUCAAAGAAGCCGUGGACCCACGGGGAGACGCCGGUGGGGAUGAAUAUGGCCUUGAGUAGGAACCCCGACACACACACCACCGUGCCAAACAGCAGUAUGCCAAAUGUGCCCAACUUGUCGUAUAUGAGUCCUGUUCACAGGCAAUUGGAUACAUGUCACGGCAGGCGACACACACACGCACAAAGAGAGAGAGACACACAAAGAGAGAAAUCUUUUGCACAUCGCAAAGUCUUCUUUGCCAUAAAUCGUGCAGAGAGACCGUGGUGAACGAUCAGAAGGCCCAGUCCGCCCACCAGCCACACGUUUCCGCUCUCACCGUCCGACCAGUCCUUGGCCCGCUUCCAGUGAUUCUUGAUGUUCGAGUAUAUCUUUGGAGACUGCAUGGCAUUGCCAUGCCAGACACACACACCUGUCAUUGCAAAGCGACUUUAUAUGGGUCUGACAUGCGUACGUUGGCGAUGAGGGCUGAGACCAUGCCUGUUGCCAUCAUGGCGAACAGCAGCCCGCGGCCGCCGGACGAGGCAGAUGCUGUCGCCAUCGUGCGACGGGAUUGAACAGCAAAGCAAGAACAGAGGACAGC